AGUGGUCCAUCAGCUGUGCAGUAGAGGCGCGGCCUCCUCUCAGCCUAAACUUCACCAAGAAGUCUGUGACCCUCCAAGGCGGCGGACAUGGCCAACCCAGCCGAGUGCUCCAUCAAGGUAGUGUGCCGCUUCAGGCCGCUGAACAAAUCUGAGGUGGCCCGAGGAGACAAAUACAUCCCAAAGUUUCAAGGGGAUGACUGUGUGCAGAUCGCGGGUAAACCGUACUACUUUGACCAUGUAUUCCAGUCCACUACUACUCAGGUACAAUUCUACAAUGCUGUGGCUCAGAAGAUUAUCAAAGACGUACUUGAUGGCUACAAUGGCACAAUAUUUGCUUACGGGCAGACAUCCUCUGGUAAAACGCACACAAUGGAGGGAAUACUUCAUGACGCAGACAUGAUGGGAAUCAUUCCUCGAAUUGUGGAGGACAUCUUUAAUUAUAUUUAUUCUAUGGAUGAGAACCUGGAGUUUCACAUCAAAGUGUCUUAUUUUGAAGUCUAUCUGGACAAAAUCCGAGAUCUGCUGGACGUGACUAAGACCAACCUCUCCGUCCAUGAAGACAAAAACAGAGUGCCGUACGUAAAGGGGUGUACUGAGCGCUUCGUGUGCAGUCCUGAUGAGGUCAUGGAAGCCAUCGAUGAAGGCAAAAACAGCAGAAUUGUGGCCGUCACAAACAUGAACGAGCACAGUUCCAGGAGUCACAGCAUCUUCCAAUUCAGCAUAAAGCAGGAAAACUCUCAGACAGAACAGAAACUCACCAGCAAACUUUACCUUGUUGAUCUGGCUGGCAGUGAAAAAGUGGGUAAAACUGGAGCAGAAGGUACAGUUCUGGAUGAAGCCAAGAUGAUCAAUAAGUCUCUGUCUUCACUUGGAAAUGUUAUUUCUGCAUUGGCCGAGGGCUCAACAUAUGUGCCUUACAGAGACAGUAAGAUGACCAGGAUCCUGCAGGAUUCCUUAGGAGGGAACUGUCGGACCACCAUGGUCAUCUGCUGUUCCCCUUCCUCCUUUAACGAUGCAGAGACUAGGUCCACACUACUGUUUGGACAAAGGGCCAAGACGGUGAAGAACUCGGUGUGUGUGAACGUGGAGCUUACAGCAGAGCAGUGGAAAAACAAAUAUGAAAAGGAGAAGGAGAAGAACAAGACGCUGAGAGGCUCUGUGACCUGGUUGGAAACUGAACUCAAUCGCUGGAGGAGUGGUGAAAGUGUUCCAGUAGAGGAACAGUUUGACAAAGAAAAGGCCAAAUCUGAGGUUCAAGCUUUGGAUGUUACUCUCAGUGACAAGACAACACCUGCCUCACAAGCCUCACCUGCACACAGCGGACUUCCUGGCAUCAAACUGGCACCUGCUGGGACACCACAGUGCGAGGCGGAGAUGGCCAAGCUUUACAAAGAGCUGGAUGAUAAGGAUGAUGAGAUUCAUCAACAGUCUCAGUUGUUGGAGAAAAUCAAGGAGCAGAUGUUGGACCAGGAGGAGCUCCUCGCCUCAUCCCAGCGCGACCAUGGCAACCUGCAGACGGAGCUGAAACGACUGUUGGCAGAGAAUGAAUCUUCCAAGGAGGAGGUCAAGGAGGUGCUGCAAGCUCUUGAGGAGCUUGCUGUUAACUACGACUUGAAAAGUCAGGAGGUCGAGGACAAAACCAAAGAGUUUGAGGCCCUCAGUGAGGAACUGAAUGAAAAAUCUAGCUCUUUAGCCACAAUUGACUCUGAGCUCCAGAAGUUGAAGGAGAUGACCAACCACCAGAAGAAGAGGGUGACAGAGAUGAUGUCCUCAUUACUCAAAGACCUAACAGAGAUCGGUCUUGCAGUGGGAAGUAAUGACAUCAAGCAACACGAGAACAGUGGUCUCAUUGAUGAGGAGUUCACGGCGGCGCGACUCUGCAUCAGUAAGAUGAAGUCGGAGGUGAAAAGCAUAGUGAAACGAAGCAAACACCUGGAAAGCUCCCAGGCUGACAGUACCCAGAAGCUGGAGGACACUGAGAGGGAGUUAACUGCUUGUCGGCUACGUGUCUCUCAGCAAGAAGCGAAGAUAAAAUCCCUAACAGACUGUCUACAGAAUGUGGAGCAGAAGAAAAGACAGUUGGAAGAAAAUGUGGACUAUCUAAAUGAAGAAAUAGUCAGGAUUGGAGCACAAGAUAAAGUUCAUGUCAUGGAAGAGAAGAAUGAGAUCCAGUCUGUCAAUGAAGUGAAGGAUGCUGUGGAGAAGCAGAUCUUAUCUCACAGAGAAGCUCAGCAGAGGCAGAUCAGCAACUUGAGAGACGAGCUGGAUCACAAGGAGAAGAUGAUCACUGAAUUGCAGGAUCUGAACCAGGAGAUCAUGUUGGAGCAAGAGAGGCUCAGGAUGGAGCGUGACAAACUCAAAGCAGCAGAACAGGAGAAGGGUCGCCUGCUACAAGAGCUCACGGAGCAGCAGGACAAACGGGAGCAAACCAGGCAAGACCUGAAAGGAUUGGAGGAAACUGUGGCCCGUGAGCUGCAGACUCUUCACAACCUCAGAAGACUUUUUGUCCAAGACCUUGUCAUUCGAGUCAAGAAGAAUGAACAGAUGAGCUCAGAAGAAAGAGAAGUCAGUACUGCGCAAAGACGAAAGAUCUGCUUUCUGGAAAACAACUUGGAGCAGCUAAACAAAGCUCACAAACAGUUGUUACGGGACAAUGCAGACCUCCGUUCAGAGAUCCCGAAGAUGGAGCGGCGCCUGAGAUCCACAGUGGAGCGGGUGAAAGCCCUAGAGGGCGCGCUGAAGGAGGCCAAAGAGAUUGCAGCUCGUGAGCGCCAACAAUACCAGCAAGAAGUUGAGCGCAUUAAGGACACCAACAAGCCCAAAAACAUGGGAAGGAGAGGCUCUGCUCAGAUAGCCAAGCCCAUUCGACCAGGCCAGCUGCCAGGCGCCUCUCUUUUGAACCCCAAUGGAAACAGAUCCAACCUCAUCAACAGCUACUCUGGCAUCAAAGAAGGGGAUGACAGUUCUUGAAGAUCAUCUCAGAAGAUGAAGAUUAAGAAAAGUCACACACACACUCCUCCAUCGAAGUGUGCAUAGAUCCUGUGUUCUUACGCUGUCUAGUUCUGUCUGGUUUUUCACAAAAAUAUGACUUCAAGUGGAUUUUUUAUUUAUCAAUUCUGAAUCAAAAUGUAAGCUAACAAUACAAUUUUAUUGUAUUCAUUUGAACAUUUGGUGUAGAAAAAUUAGUUAAAAUGUGUUCAACAUUCUCUGAGCAUGUAGUUAUUAAUUUGUAAUUGCAUUAUUACAUGGUCACAUGUUCAUCAACAAAAUGAUUGUAAAUGUAAAACAGUCUUCUUCUAAAAACAUAAACUUGCUCUUGUUACCAUGGAUAAAUG